UCUCCUUGGAUAGAACACAAACCUUUUUCCAAAUUUGGCAGAACAAAAACAUGGCAGCAUACUCUAACAUUUGGAUUCUUUGUCUCAUGUUUUCAGUUCUUGGCAAUGGCUUUCUUCCACUUGAGGCUUCUCAUCAUGCAUACAGAAAUCUCCACCUUAUCCAGUCUGCAUCUUUUGCAAAUCACUCUUACAGAACUGCAUACCAUUUCCAACCUCCCAAGAACUGGAUGAAUGAUCCUAAUGGGCCAAUGAUUUAUAAGGGGAUUUACCAUUUGUUUUACCAGUACAAUCCUAAAAGUGCAGUAUGGGGAAACAUAGUAUGGGCUCACUCGACAUCAACAGACCUCGUCAACUGGGAAUCGCACCCGCCUGCAAUUGUUCCAUCUCAGGCGUCCGACAUCAAUGGUUGUUGGUCGGGUUCUGCAACGAUUCUGCCAGGGGGAAAACCGGCAAUUCUCUAUACUGGAGCAGAUUUCCAGGUUAAGCAGUAUCAGAAUCUGGCCAUGCCCAAAAACCUGUCUGAUCCUUACCUGAUAGAGUGGGUUAAAUCUCCUUAUAAUCCUCUGAUGAGUCCAGCCCAGGAGAGGCUCAAUGCUAGCUCAUUCAGAGACCCAACCACUGCAUGGUUAGGACCCGAUGGGCACUGGCGAGUCCUCGUUGGGAACGAGAGGAAGCACGUUCGGGGAAUGGCUCUUUUGUAUAGAAGCAAGGACUUUGUUCAUUGGCAAAAGGCCAAGCAUCCAUUGUUUUCAUUGCAGAAUACUGGAAUGUGGGAGUGCCCUGACUUUUAUCCGGUUUCUAUUCGUGGUGAAAAUGGUGUUGAUACUUCUGUUCUUGGCCCGGGGGUUAAGUUCGUGCUCAAGGCGAGCUUGGAUGACUAUAAGCAUGAUUAUUACACCAUUGGGAUGUAUGAUCACCAGAGGGAUAGGUUUACACCAGAGACUGCAGAGUUUUUGGGAAAUGGUUCGGGGUUAAGGUAUGACUAUGGGAAGUAUUACGCCUCGAAAACAUUCUUUGACAGUGCUAAAAACAGAAGGGUUUUGUUGGGUUGGGUCAAUGAAUCCACAGGUAAUUCAACAAUUGAUCUCUUGAGAGGAUGGGCUGGUGUUCAGGCAAUUCCCAGGAAGAUUUGGCUUGAUGCAUUUGGGAAACAAUUAGUGCAAUGGCCCGUGGAGGAAAUCGAGAAGCUAAGAACGAACCAAGUUGGACAACCUAGUACAGUCCUAAAAGCAGGAUCAGUUGUUGAGGUUUCUGGUGUCACAGCAGCACAGGCGGACGUUGAAAUUAGCUUUGGUGUGUCAACAGUAGUGGAGAAUGCAGAGGUGUUGAAGCCUGGUGGGAGUACUAAUCCACAAGAGCUGUGUAGCCAAAAGGGUGCAUCAGUUAAUGGAAAAUUAGGACCUUUUGGUUUGUUAGUUCUUGCAUCAAAGGAUAUUCAAGAAUUCACUGCAGUUUUCUUUAGAAUUUUCAAAGAUGGAAAUAAAUUCUCAGUUCUCAUGUGCAGUGACCAAACCAGGUCUUCCACUCAACUUGUCUAUGACAAAACUACAUAUGGAGCCUUUUUGGACAUCGACCCUCUUAAACAAAAAUUGUCUCUAAGAUGUUUGAUUGAUGAGUCAAUAGUGGAGAGCUUUGGGGGAGGGGGAAAAGUUUGCAUGACAUCUAGGGUUUAUCCCACCAUGGCAAUCGACGGUGAGGCACAUCUGUAUGCCUUCAACAAUGGAACUCAGAACAUAUGGAUCUCUAGUUUGAGUGCUUGGAGCAUGAACAAAGCUCGGAUCAACUGAAAUAACUAAUUAAGUGCCCUGCUAUGGAUCGAUAGCACGGGAAGGGGAUGAUUUAUUUGAAUUGUUUCUCUUCAACUACUGUACUAUGAUUUAUGAAUGCCAACAUUCACUUAGCACUAAUAAAACAAAUUAUUGCUUA